AUGAGCUCCCAGGGCUUUUCUUUUCCUCCUCCUCCACCUCCUCCGCCUGUCGUCCAGCAACAAGCCUACCCCUCUGCGCAUGGAAAUGGGCACUGGAAUGGCCGAGGAGCUGGAGGUGGUCGAGGUCGUGGUCGAGGCUAUGGAGCGCGCGGUCGUGGUGGCCAUUUUUCAGCGGAUGCUACUCGACCUUCGUAUCCUAACGUCGGGGGCUACAGCUCUACAACCGGAAAUUUUGCCUAUCCAACUCAACCCAUGCCGGCUGCGCCAUACAUGAAUCCCUCUCCAUAUCCUCAUGCGCAAACCACUUAUCAACCGCCUCCGAAUCCCUCUGCAUACCCUCCUCCUCACGCUUUUUCUCCGCCCGCUGGCUCGGCACCAUAUCAACCACUCACAGCGUAUAAUGGCCCAGCCAACCUUGCUCAUCCUCAAUAUCCUUCACAAUCUGCACCUACAUAUCCACCACCGGUCCCUCCUCCUCAACAUGGCUCGCCACCGAAUACCCCUGCUAUGAUGAAUAACAUGCACUGGGGCAACGAUACGCACUCCUCUUAUAGCGGUCCAUCAUCUGGAUAUGGUCAUGGUCAUGGACACCAACACGGACAUGGAUCUGGGCCUGGACGCGGACGGGGAUCCCACUCCCAUGGAAAUCAUGGGUCUAAACCACGAUACCCUAAUAAAAGAGAUCAUUCCUCUGCGUUCAACAAACCCACCUCUGCUCCGAAAGUGCCAGCACCGCCUGCAGUCCCAAGUUUCGGAAACCCUCUGCCUUGCAAACCACCUCCUGCAGCCGAUGCUACUCGCAAGCCGAAGAAGCGGAAGAGAAAGCAUAACCAGCUUGGUCUAACACCCAAGACUGAAGAGCAUGAAUCCAGUGAGGAAGAGGAAGAUGUGGACGAGGAGGCCAAACUGGCACCAGAUAGCGGACCAUUGCAAAUUAGUUACAAGGGACGUACCUCGACUCUACAGUCUUCGGCUGAUAUCGCUGCCUGGAUUGCAGAGCGCAAGAAGAAGUUCCCCACUCAAGCUCGCAUAGAAGAGAAGAAAAAGGCAGCAGAAGAGGCCAAAGCAGCACGAGACGCAGCACGAGAGGCUGCCCGCUUGGAGAGGGAGCAAGAAAGGGAAAAGGAAAAGGAAAAGAUUAAAACUGAGUCUGCUACUAAGCACAAGAACGACGCCUCAGUACAUGGAGAUACAGUUCUGGACGCCGCCAAGAAAGCCCAGCGCAAAGCGGAUAAGAUCCGUCGCACUCUUGCUAAGGCUGAGGCUGAAGCCGAGGCCGCUCGUUUGAAGGUUGAACAGCUGCAGAAACAAGUACAAGGUUUAAAGCAAGAUUCGCCAACUCCGUCUACUGAUCCCUCGAAUGAACCGGGACUUUCAGCCUCAUUAAAUGAGACAGUGGAUCCCGUCAAGGCGAAGGCUGAAUCCACGGAUACCCCGAGGGACCCGUCCAUCUCGGCAACUACUUCUCACCUGGGUGAUCUAACUGUGGGGGCUGAUGGGGACAGUGCGAUGGAUUUGAAUGUGAUGAAUGGCAAUGGAGAGGCUGACAGUAGUGACUGGACCUCAUCUAGUGGGUCAGAAAGCGCGGAGUCCGAUGAUGACUCUGCGCCGGAGGUAGUGAGUUCCCGGCGCGAGGGACCGGAAAGAGUGGCCCCGCCACCUCGAGAAGGGAAGAAGCCCGUAUGCCGUCACUUUGCACGUACAGGGCAGUGCAAUCGAGGCGAGAAAUGUAAAUUUUCCCAUGAGGUUUCUGAGCGGACCAAGAAGACCCCGGUUGAGCCCAAAGAGAAGAAGGGGCGCAAGGGAUUAUUCCAAGCAUUGCUUGAACAACAAAAAGCUGAAGAGGAUAAGCGAGCAAUGGAGGUCAUAUCCUGGUUGGGGCAAAAUGGUCUCCUUGAAGCGACCUCAAAUACUAACAUGAACGUGAACAUGAACGGUUGCCCCGCUGAAGAUCUUUAG